AUGUCUGCAUAUAACGACACAUCCAACACCUCCCCAUACGACACACCUAUACAACACAACGAAGAGCCCCACCACGAGCCCGUAACCAUAGAAGAGAUCCGUGAAUUGCUCGACUCUCUGUCCUAUUCUUCUUCCGAAUGCUCACGCGACGGCUACUUCCCACCAGCAGACACUCGCCGCCCCAACCCUUACCAGCCCCAGGACGAGGACGAAUACCAGUCCGACACUGGGCUCGAGCCUUACACCGAGAACGAGCGCAUCCGUACCGUCGCUUCCCAAGCCGCCGACUCUGCCAUGAUUCACCUAGACCACCUCCCUUAUGAUGAGCGCGCCUGUAUGGCCCGUGAGUGGGCGAUAGCACAAAUGACACAGCAGGGGUAUACCGUCUUGUUUAGUGCAGAGACGGGAGUGGUUGAUGCAGAUUUGGGGGAGAGACGAGAAGAGGUGCCGGAUGAUGAUGCUACUUCGGUAGACUCUUCUGAUCCAUACCGUUUGUACAAUCUAGACGAUGGAGACGACGACAACGAGCGUUAUCACAGCAUCAUUGAUGACGACUAG